GUCACAAAAUUCUGCUUUCUUGGAUGAAGAAUUUGGCUGUUUUGAAGGUAUUGCAUUGAGGACAUCUUUAAGAAACAAGGAAUAAGAUUCUUUCUCUGAAUAUGAAUUAUUGUUUGAAUGUAUAGCCGCAACACUUUGUUAAUGCUCUCUCGCCAAAGGAACAAUAUUUUCUGAGAAAGUAAAAUUGCCAGGAAGCUGUAAUUCACACAACACAUGAAAAUAUAAAUUCACCACUUAGUCUGUGACAAAGCAUGGCAUUGAGUUUUUCAACCAUAAAUAACUAUGAAUUUGUCAAAGGACAUCUUGGCCCAUAAGAACAAAUAGUUUUCUUUGAAUACUAUUCUCCACAGCUACAUGAAUUGAGUAAGUGCAGUCUUCCUUUUUAAUCAGCAGUUCCCACUCAAAAGCCAUAGUAAGACACAAGAAAGCAGAGCAUCUCAGAAGGUUCCUUUUACUAUUUUUAUAUCGGACACAGUAUUUAACAUGUGAAUGAGUUGUACGAUUGGCUGACCAAGGGAGCAGGCUAUCUAUUAAGUCAUCUGACACUAAUAUAAAUGAAUUAGGAGGAAAUAAUCUAUGGUAUGUCAGCACCGUGUUCUCAGAAUUUCCACAGUAGGAAGCUUUUUACAUUAUUAUUAAUCACAGAUACUGGAAUGGAUUGGAAAUGGAAGAGAAUUUUAAUGCAAAUUGGCAUCUCUUUCUCUCUGUCAAAUAACAAACUAAUAUUACAUUGCAUUCAUGCUUCUUUAGUAUGCCAGAAAAAAAAUAUUCUUGUUGACUUCUAAUGUAGGUAGGUAAAGAUAAAGGACCCUGGACAGUUAAGUCCAGUCAAAGGCAACUAUGGGCUGCGGCACUCAUCUUGCUUCAGGCCGAGGGAGCUGGCGUUUGUCUAGACAGCUUUCCGGGCCAUGUGGCCAGCAUGACUAAACCGCUUCUGGAGCGACGGAACACCAUAACAAAAGCCAGAGCACAUAGAAAUGUUGUUUACCUUCCCACCGCAGCAGUACCUAUUUAUCUAUUUGCAUUGGUGUGUUUUCAAACUCCUAGGUUGGCAGAAGCUGGGAAAGAGCAACAGGAGCUCCGUUGCACAGAUUUGAACUGCCGACCUUCCGAUCGGCAAGCCCAAGUGGCUCAGUGGUUUAGACCACAGCACCACCCAUGUUCCUUCUAAUAUAAUCACAUAUGGAAUAUACGUGCAUCUUCCUUGUAGGACUAGGCCUACUGAUGCAAUAGCACCAUGAGGGGCUAUGUUAGUCUCAGAGCCUUUGGCACUAUUGGGCCACUGGCUGGAUCCUAUAUGAAAAUGCUGGCAAACAUAAACCUGACUCUACUCACUACCUAUUUGUGCUCUAAUGGCAAUUCCAGUAAUUUUGAUCUCUUGGGUUUAAUGUGUGAGAUUGCAUGUGUGACUAAUUGAAUUAACUCUGCAUGCAUUUCUAGUUCUAGCAUCGUUCUCAUAACAUAACUAUAUUAUAAGUUAUUUAAGGUUGAUCUAUGGUGGUCUUACAUUUCAUGAGUGGCUGGUAUUUGACGGUGGCAGAUAUCUGUUUGUUUGUUUGUUUUUUACAUAUAUAACUCACCUUCCUUCCAAGGAGCUCAAGGUGGCAUGCAUAAUUCUUCUCCUCCCCGUUUUACCCUCAAAGCAACCCUGUGAGGUUGGUUGGGCUGAGAGUGAGUAACUGGCCUAAGGUCACCCAGUGAGUUUCACGGCCUUCAGAGAUGGAUCUUAUUGUCUGGGCUGAAUGAUGGGGUGGAGACGCUCCUUCAGGUAUGCUGGGCUGAGGCUUUUUAGGGCUUUAAAGGUCAGCACCAACACUUUGAAUUGUGGUCGGAAACGUAUUGGGAGCCAAUGAAGAUCUUUCAGGACUGGUAUGGGCUAAGUGGGGAUUUGAACCCUGGUCUCCCAGGUCUUAGUCCAACACCCCACCCUUUAACUACAAUGGCUCUCAUAUAAUGUCUAUUUACCUGCACUCUCUAUCUCUUUACCACCAUUUGUUUAUUUUCUGUGUGUUUAUAAUCUACAUUUUCAUAAAAUAUAUCAAUAUAGCUUACAAUAUAAAUCAUACAAGAUACUCUGCCCCUUGACCCCAAUGGGCUUUAUUCCCUGGGCCCAGCACUGUACCACUUUGCACCCCCAAACAUUGCCUAUGAGUUCUGUCCAGAUACUCUAAUUUUGUACAACUCUAUUCUUAAUACAAUGAAACCUUCAGGCCAGCAGCAAGGAGGAGACAUUACAAUAAUUGAGAAAGAAUUGAAAACUGAGCAAAGGUAGAAGAGGGGGCAACUUUAUUGCCAAAGAUGAACAAUGAAGAUUUGCCUAAGAACAUAAAAAUUGGAAGGCUAUGUAGACUGACAUAAGCAUCCCAGUGAGAACUAAUGCUGGAACUUAAACAUACUUUAAUUUAGUCAUGGAACAUGGAAGUUUAAAGAAACAAAAGCUUUGAAUAUUUUCCAUUUCCAAGUUGCAAUUUCAAAAUAUAUUAAUCUUGACUAUCACAUUCAAAAUAUAUGUAAUGUUAUUCAAUGAGGAUAUUAUUUCAUAAUCAUAAAAUUCUCCAUAUGUUUAAUGUUGGUGACUUUUCUUGAAAAGGCCACUUGAGACACUUAAUUCACACCCUUGUUGUUCCUCUGCAUUCUUUGUAUUCAACAGAACAUGCCCCGACCCUGUAGAAUAAAAAGAGCCCAUCUAACUGAGCCAGGGUUGUCUUUAGAAGAUAUGAAUUAAUUGCCAAUUUCUGCCAAACUAUGGAUCUGUAAUGUACCUUCAGUGGCUCUCACAAACUGCAUCAUUGUGAUGCAGCAAAUUUUCCCUUGAAACUUGCUGUUUCAAUUUCUAAAAGUGUUAGCUUUUAUCUUGUCAAUUUGGCUAGCAGUGAUACGAGAUAAAGGUUUAUCCUGAUUUUAGGACUGCGUAACACCUUGGAAAUUGACAAUUGCUUACUUGUAUCUCGACACUUGGUAAUAUCUCUCCUUCCAGACACUGCAGCUGGACCUUCAGUUUUCAGAAGUGACAAAAAUAUACUUAACUAUAAUUGAUGAAAGCUGGAGCCACUUAAAAAAAAAAAAAAAUCCUGCACAGAUGCAAUAGUCGUGGUACAUUUCGUGGAGCAAUGACACACAUCAGCUAAAGGGUUAAGGAAACCGUACAAUUGGAAACAAGAAUCCAGAUCAGAAAAAGGAAAAUACAUUAGUCAACGUUGUUUGACAAUGCAGCUACUAAAGCUGCUACAUCUACAACAGGAGAUAAUUACUGGGCAGCUCCAGCUGGCUCCCUCGGCCAAUAAAGCGAGAUGAGCGCCGCAACCCCAGAGUCGGCCACGACUGCACCUAAUGGUCCCUUUAUCUUUACCUUUACCAGCUCACUAAACACCUUGGGUAUCAUCAGAGGGGAUGACUAGUACCACUGAUUUUCAGACAGAAGUGAGACAGACUAUUUCCUAAGUGUAUUAGAUAAUUAUUGAGGCUGAUCCAAAUAUCCUGCAACUGAACCUUCAGUGGGAGAGAAGGGAGGGGUGAAGCCUGUUUGAAAAAUGGGAAGUGAUAUUCAUGUGGGAAAGGGCUUUCAGAGGUGAGAGCUCACAUUGCUCUGUCCCAGUUUCUGCCAACCUAGUAGUUCAAACACAUGCCAGUGCAAGUAGAUAAAUAGGUAACACUGCGGCGGGAAGGUAAAUGGCAUUUCCAUGCGGUUUGGUUUUGUUUCCAUCACAGUGUCCCGUUGUGCCAGAAGCAGUUUAGUCAUGCUGGCCACAUAACCCAGAAAAGCUGUUUGUGGAUAAACGCUGGAUUCAUCGGUCUGAAACCACCUAUCAGCUCCCUGAUCGCUGCCAGUGGCCGCCAAUCACGCUCCCACUUGCUGCGACAAGGGCAGCUGUCUAUUGGCUGCCGCAGCGGCAAACAGGACUAAUGGCGGCGAUCAGGCAGCUGCGGUUGUGUGCUGCAUUCCGGAGGGUGAGCGAUUUUCGGGAUUCCUCCCCCCCCCCGAACAAUCAAGCAGCCCAAUGUUGAAAAUCGCUCACACACCAGAAUGAAGCGCAAGCCUGAGUUUUUAAGCAGUGAUUGGGUGCUUGAUUGUUGGGGGGGGGGGGCAGAUGCCAGAAAUCGCUCACCCGUCGGAACGAAGUGCAAACCCGAGAUUUUAAGUGAUAAUCGUAAGCGACGCUAGUCUUUGUGUGCUGCAUUCUGGCGGGUGAGUGGUUUUCGGCAUCCCCCCCCCAAAAAAACAAUUAAGCGGCCAAUCGCUGCUUACAAUCUUGGGCUUGCACCAAAAAACUAUUCACGCUACCCGUGUAUAAGACGAGCCUCAUUUGGGGGUCAAAAAAGCUUGUCUUAUACACAGAAAAAUACGGUAACUAUUUUUACACUGUGCAUGGGCUGUAUGCACAAAGGGCAUUUGCUAGGCAGCACAUCUCUUACAAACUCUUGUCAACAGAGCCCACAGCUUCGGUGGAAACUCAGAGCUUCUUUCUUUCAUAACUUCAAGGUUCAAUCGUUGUCAUGUGCUCUACAUAGGGUUGCAUUUAAUGAGGGCUCAGAUGAUGUAGAACCACUCUAUUUCAAACUAACCUCUUUUGUUCUCUGAAUCAUUUUUCCUAUGCAAGAGAUAGCACGCAGAACGGCAUGGUUGCAAAGCCGGCCUUCUGAUGUACACUGCCUACAGCACUUUCCAUGAAGUUGACACCUCAAAGGUGCCAUCCAGAUUAUAGAAAUAGCUGCAGACUGUCACUAGGGGCAAUGCACUUCAGACUGAGCUUUCUCCUUGUGACUCUCCAGCUGCAUUUCCCAGUCUGCAUGUGCAAAGCAGCCUGGAUUGUGGAGGCUUGCUUGCUUGCUGAGGAAUACUAGUUGCAAGGGAUGGACAAAUCAAUUUCUGUCAGCUUCUCAUUUCCCCCCCAAUCUCCAGUUUGUCCCAUUUUCACAUCAGCUUGCUUUUUUUAAAGUAUGCAUGAAAAUCCACAUGGAUUUGUGUGCAUUUCUCCUAACAUACAUUUUUGCAAGGAAUUUCGCAACUCUCCAUAAUACAACACAUUUUUGUAUGCUAUUUUCACUAAUCUAUGGAUUCUAGGGCACCCUUUCCCCUGCUCUAUGCUAUUCUGUACACAUUAUUUGUUUGGAAAGCUGUAUUGUCAAUUUUGAGAAGCACACGUUUUAAAUAGCAUUUUUGUUUUGGAUUGUGUGUUGGUUCAGGAAAAUUGAAUUAGGUUGAUUUGCAUUAGAAUAUAAAAUGAACAAAUUUCUCCCCCAUCCCUACUGGUUACUCAAAUAAUUGUAGAAUUGUACAGUUGGAAGAAAUCCAAAAGGUCAUCUACUCCAACCUCCUGGAAUGCAGGAAUCACAGCUAAAGAAUCCUUCACAGAUCAUCAGAGGUCACACUGGUGUUCUAAGGUCUGAACUGGCUCUCUCAAGCUUCAGUACACAUCUCUUUUUUUGACAAUAGAACUAUCAAGCAAAAGUGGCCUCUUGGCUGUACUAGAGCUGGUAACAGUGAUUUAAGCAAGAAUUCAUUAAAUUGUUUAAGUAAUUUGAGGAUAAACAGGUUUGAUGAAGGGAAACUCCAUGCAGCUUGGUUAGCCUGAAUUUACAAAGCUGAAUAAAAUGUGUGCUUCUUAAUCUCCUUUUUUGUUUUCUGUAGAGGAGCCCAAGAUGCAUGUGAAUCCCAUAUCCUCAAAGCAUAGGUGCCAACUUAAUGGGGCUGAGGACAGCUCAUCCACCCCAAAGUAUGUGAGAAUGGGGCAAUAUUGAGGGGCCAGGCCCCACCAGGCCUCCCUGCAGCGGUGGAGAGCCUCGCCAGGCCUCCCUGUGGCGGCAGCAUACGUUUCCGAGUCUCACGGCCUUCUCCCAAUGCACAUGACAUCACACGAGCAAAUUGCACGUGUGACAUCAUGUGCACACAACAAGCCCCCCCCAAUGUCACGUGAAACAUGGUGUCUCUGCCUCAAAGCUCGCACAUUCAUUAUAAAAAGGGGCCACACAUACACAAAUAUUUUCCUUACGGAGCUCUGGACCAGACCAAUAAAUAAAUGUUGUCUGUUGAACACCUAUCCAAGUAAGCUACAAGCCCAGCUCAGCAAUGAAUGUGUUAGCUUUCUAAGUAGUGUUAAGCUGGAAGGGGGCUGAGGGGAGAUAAAGAAAGAAAAGUAAUAACCGUAGCAUUGCUACAUUCUUGUGUGGUUGAAAAUAUCAGACAGAAAAGUCCACUGAGAGCCUUAUCAGACACUUGCCUGGCUCUCGGAGGAGAUGCAUAAAUAUAUUUCUGUAACACUGGAAGAAAAUUGGGAGGUUCUUGUUUCUGUUUUAAUUUUUUUUAUCACAGAUCUUCCACCUGAGUCUCAGCUGAAAACCAAUAGAAGAAAAAGUGCAGUAAUUUCUUACAAUAUGAACUCAAUUAAAGUUCCAAAGAACUUCAGCCCUGAAUUGGUGCCAACUGGGAUGAUAUGCCAGCCAACAGCUGCCAACGGAUGUCAGAUGUCUCAGACCAGAUUAAAUUAG